AUGGACGACCACAUCAUCGUCCCCGAGCUGGACCCCGCCGCCAUGUCGGCCGACCCGGACAAGGCCCUGGAGGACUACGUGUCAUCCCUGUCGACGCGGCCCAUGGACCACUCCCGCCCGCUGUGGGAGGUCCACGUCCUGGACUUCCCCACCGCCGAGGCCGCCGCCGCGGCCGCGGUCGCGCUCUGCGUGCACCACUCCGUCGGCGACGGCGUCUCGAUGCUGUCCCUCUUCAUGGCCUGCACCCGCAGCGCCGCCGACCCGGGCGCGCUCCCUUCCCUCCCGCCGGGGCGACGCUCGGGCCCCGUCUACGCGGUGCGGCGCCCGCCGCCGCUCUCCUCGGCCGCGGGCGCCCUCGACGCGCUGGCGGCGCUGGCCGUGUGGCUCCUGUCCUUCCUCGUGCUCGCUUGGCACACGGUGGUGGACGUUGUGUGCUUCUUCGCGACGGCGGUGUCGCUGCUGGGCGACGCGCCCACCGUGCUCAAGGGCAAGGAGGACACCGAGUUCGAGCCCAGGCGCUUCGUGAACCGCACGCUCAGCCUGGACGGCAUCAAGUCCGUCAAGAAUGCCAUGAGCUGCACUGUAAAUGAUGUUCUUCUUGGGAUAACCUCUAGCGCUCUAUCUCGGUACUAUUUCCGGAGAACAGGUGAAAGCGACAGUAAGAGCAUGACGGUGCGGUCCGCUGUUCUCGUCAACUUACGGGCGACGCCCGGCAUACCAGCAUUGGCAAGCAUGAUGGAGUCCAGCAAGGACAACGGCGCGAGAUGGGGAAACAAGCUGGGCUACAUGCUAAUCCCCUUCCACCUGGCCAAGCACGAUGACCCCCUCGAGUACGUCCGGAAGGCGACCAAGGUCGCGCGCAGGAAGAAGAGCUCCAUGGAGUCGGUCUUCGGUUCUCAAACUUUUCGGCAUCAAGGAGGAGAACUGAGCGUUCUUGCCGUGUCAGAGUUUGCGAUCUUGAUUCUUCACCGCAUCCUGAUUCCUGACAGAGUUUGCGAGAAUCUGUUUGUGCAGGCAGCAGCAGCGCUCUGCUACGGCAUGUUCGCGCACACCACCCUGUCCUUCUCCAACAUGAUCGGGCCGACGGAACAGGCGCUGACUGUGCAUUACCAGAGCUACAUGAACUCCGUGAAGCUAGUCCUGUCGGUAGAUGAAACACAGUUUCCGGAUAGCCAUCGGCUCCUGGACGACUUUGCCGAGUCCCUCAGGCUCAUUCGCAAGGCAGCUUCAUGCAGUGGCGGAUCUGUGUGUGUGUGUGGGUGGGGGGGGCUCGCCCAAAGCCCGGUGCCCGGCGGCAGAUCCGCCACUGGCUUCAGGAAAACCUGCAGGGGAGACGCAGGAUGCUGCUUCCAGUUGAGCAUACAUAGAUAG